GCAGAUAGAAAACUACAGUUUACCCAUCCUUCAACGUUUUCUCAUUUUCAUUCUUCCCCCUCCAUUACCUCAUAAUCCCUUAGAAACCAAUUCUGCUCCCAGAUUGAAACCACAAGACACAUCGCAAUCAUGGGUUACACUGAAAAGGACUGGCUGGCCAUCAACACGAUCCGUGUUCUUGCUGCCGAUGCCACAGCUAAAUCCAACUCCGGCCACCCUGGUGCGCCCAUGGGUAUGGCGCCGGUCGCCCACGUUCUCUUUAGCAAGUUCAUGAAGUUCAACCCCAAGAACCCCAAGUGGUUGAACCGUGAUCGCUUCGUUCUCUCCAACGGACACGGUUGCAUGCUUCAGUAUGCUCUUCUCCACCUGUUCGGCUACGCCCUGUCUAUGGACGACAUCAAGGCCUUCCGUUCAAUUGACAGCAUCACCCCCGGUCACCCCGAGGCUCACGACACACCUGGUAUCGAGGUCACAACCGGUCCUCUUGGACAGGGUAUCUCCAAUGCCGUCGGUCUUGCCAUGGCUCAGGCUCACACCAGUGCCACCUUCAACAAGGAGAACUUCAACCUCGUUGACAACUACACAUUCUGCUUCCUCGGUGAUGGUUGCUUGCAGGAGGGUGUCGCCAGCGAGGCUUCCUCUCUGGCCGGCCACUUGCAGCUCGGUAACCUGAUCGCCAUCUACGACGACAACCACAUUUCCAUUGACGGUGACACCAACGUCUCCUUCACUGAGGAUGUGCAAAAGCGAUACGAGGCCUACGGCUGGCAAGUCCUGGUUGUUGGCGACGGUGACAACAACCUCGACGCUAUUGAGGAUGCCAUCAGGAAGGCUAAGGAGGAGACGAGCAAGCCCUCCAUCAUCAAGCUGAAGACCACCAUUGGCUUCGGUUCUACCCAGCAGGGUACCCACGGUGUCCACGGUUCGCCUCUCAAGGCCGAUGACAUCAGGCAGCUCAAGCAGAAGUUCGGCUUCAACCCUGAGGAGAGCUUCGCCGUUCCCCAGGAUGUCUAUGACGCCUACCACAAGGUUGCCUCCGAGGGCGCCGCCGCUGAGGAGGAGUGGAACAAGCUCUUUGCCGAGUACGCCAAGAAGUACAAGUCCGAGCAUGACGACCUUGUCCGCCGCCAGACUGGAGAGCUGCCCCAGGGCUGGGAGAAGGCUCUGCCUACUUACACUCCUGCCGACUCUGCCGUUGCUUCUCGCAAGCUGUCCGAGACAGUGCUCAGCAAGCUCGCAGAUGUCAUUCCCGAGUUGGUUGGUGGUUCCGCCGAUUUGACUGGUUCCAACUUGACCCGAUGGAAGACCGCUGUUGACUUCCAGCCUCCUUCUACCGGCCUUGGCGACUACUCUGGCCGAUAUAUCCGAUACGGUGUCCGUGAGCACGGUAUGGGUGCUAUCAUGAACGGUCUUGCCGCCUACGGUACCAUCAUCCCUUACGGUGGUACUUUCUUGAACUUCGUGUCAUACGCUGCCGGUGCCAUCCGCCUCUCUGCUCUGUCCCAGAUCCGCAACAUCUGGGUCGCCACUCACGACUCCAUCGGUCUUGGUGAGGAUGGCCCUACCCAUCAGCCUAUCGAGACCCUUGCACACUUCCGUGCUCUGCCCAACUGCAUGGUCUGGCGCCCUGCUGACGGUAACGAGACAAGCGCUGCAUACUACGUGGCACUGACCUCCAAGCACACACCCAGCAUCAUGGCUCUUUCCCGACAGAACCUGCCCCAGCUUGAGGGCUCCACCAUUGAGCGUGCCAUCAAGGGUGGUUACGUCCUGAGCGAGGUUGAGGGUGCUCAGAUCACCCUUGUCUCCACCGGUUCCGAGGUCUGCAUUGCUGUCGAUGCCGCCAAGGAGCUCAAGGAGAAGCACAACAUCAAGGCCCGUAUUGUCUCCAUUCCUUGCUUCGAGGUCUUCGAUGCCCAGAGCAAGGACUACAGACUCAGCGUUCUGCCCGACGGUAUCCCCUCUCUGUCCAUUGAGGUCAUGAGCACCAUGGGCUGGGAACGUUACACUCAUGAGCAGUUCGGUCUCAACCGCUUCGGUGCUUCCGGCGCCUACAAGGAUGUUUACGAGAAGUUCGAGUUCACCCCUGCGGGUAUCUCCAAGCGCGCCGUCCAGACUAUCGACUUCUGGAAGGACGUCCCCAAUGUCCGCUCUCCUAUCAACAGAGCUUUCCAGCAGCUCAUCUAGACACUUAGCGAUGUGUUGUAGAUAAAGUAAUGAUCAUGAUUCGGGAACUCGCCGAUAUUGGAGUCGGUAUAUAGAUGACAGGGACGAAAAUGUUGUACGAACGACACGAGGAUAUUACCCACAUAGAGACCAAUAUGAUAUGAAUUAAGCCAUAUCGAAAAGGCAUCGAGAACUACAUUAUGACCCGUCUGUAAGAUCUGUGAAGUUACUCUAUUAACUAAAUUCUUU